GGAGCGGGGAGAGGAGGUCCCUGUGGUGAGAUUCUGGACCCAGGAGGCCUAUGGGACAGUGAAGGCCUCUAGUGGGGAGUCAGACCAGCCCAGACUUGGGACCUCAUCCUCCUCUCCAUUGCUGUGUGUCCUUGGAGCUCAGGCUCCCUCCUCUGAGCUGAAUUUUCCAUUCUCUCAUGCAGAACACCCACCGCCCGCCAGGGGCUGGUCACCUCCUUGCUGCUGGGUCCCCACCCCGUGGAGCUGGUGUUCUGGGGAGGAGGACAGCACACAAUGCUCCUCACGGCCUGUCGGGAGCGACAAAGCUACGCGAAAAAUGGAGCCGGGCGCAGGGAGUUGGGACGGGCAGGGCCGGUGGCUUCAUGGAGAAGGUGACAUUCUGAUGAGCAUCGGGGAAGAACAUUCCAGACAAGAGAACAAAUAGCUCGAGCAAAGGCCCUGAGGCAGGAGCAGGCCUGCCCGCUCCAGGAACAGCACGGAGGCCGGCUGAAGUUGAGGGUGCGCAGGAAAUGAAUGGAGAGACGACACAGGCGAGAGGGUGGACAGACGAGCAGAGGACAGGACUGAGGAUGGGCCCGGGGACCCUCCACUCCAAGGACAGGAGCUCACCACUUGGCAAAGGCUCCCUUCCCGCCACCGGUGUUCCCAGAAGAGGAAGGUGGGGCCAAUGCCAGGGACAAAGGGCCGGGGCCAAGGGGCUGGGGGCCCCGGGGCUGGAUUGACGGCCUCCUCUGACCCCAGUAGAGAAACCAGCCUUGUUGGGCAUGGCCGAGACCCCGGCGACCAGCCAGCCGGGGGGUGGGACGGCCGGGAUGAAAGGCCGGGAGAAAGGAUUAGCCGUGGCCCCGAAGGCCACGCAGGGCGCCAUGGCAACCGCAGGGCCACGCAGCAGUGGAGAAUGGCGCUGUGUUAACACCGCGGCGGGGCGGCCUCCCCGGGCCGGGCUUGUUAACCAGCUUCCCGGGCGGGUGCGGCCCGACCCAUUGACAUGGAAAUCCAGCCGGGCCAGCGGCAGCCCAGAGAGCCUGUGGGACCCUCACAGAGGCAGCCCGAGAGGGGCCCGCUGGGCGGAGCUCCAGGCCGCCGCUGAGACUGUUUGUGAACCUGCACAGCCCGCGUCCCUGGAGGCGGCUGGAGCCCCGUGCCCGUCUGGAGAAAUCAUCACGGUCCCCUCUCCAGGCCAGAUGUCAGCCGGCCGCUCCGUCCUGCCCCGCGCUGCUCAGCCCAGCUGGCCCCCAGCCCCCACCCCGCCACACAGGCCUCCCGCCGGCUCCUGCGCCUGGCCGGUGGCCCCAGGGCCCUGACACGGCCUUUCUGGUCGGCCUGUCCAGGUGAGUUGUGCUUCCUCAAAGAUGGCUGCCAUCACGGGUUUAGUCGCUGCUGGUUUGGGGUCAGCCUCUGCCAGGUCCCAGCCCGCCCUGCCCAGGGAGCCCUCUCCCUCAGCCUGGGCCCCCCAAAGUGGCACCACCAAGGGCGUUUGGAGUCUCUUGGGCACAUCCUUUGAACCCGGCUCCCGCAGCAGCGACUCACGGGGGAAACAUGGGCCCUGCCCACGGCGGCCUCAGUGUCUCCAUCAGUAAGGUGGGAACAGAAGCCCUCGCCGGGCAGGGCCGGGGACAGACGUGAAUGCUCCGUGACGACUGCAAAGAGAGGGGCCCUUGUUAACAGCGCUGAGCCGGGGAGCGCAGCUGUGGCAGCUGGGAGAACGGAGCUGGGGGGGAUCUGGGGGAGGUUCUGUCCUGUCCCCAAA